CACUGGUGUGAGCACGUGGCCAGUCAAUCGGCGAGCAGGCGUUGCCCAACAAGGCCGGAAUUCAAGCGGUGUUUCGUUUCGCUCUUACCUGCAAAGUUCGUCGCCGGAUGGUUAUCGCAGAGCUCGGCCGCAUUCCCUGCGCUAUUGAGAAGAGGACAGUUCUUCUAGCACGAUCACAGGUGGGAUUUUCGGCGCCGCCUUCCACACGGAUCCGGACUGCGACGGCCGGUGCCCCAAGACACUAAGGGUGUUUCAGACUUGUGAAAUUCUGGAAACCGUGUUCAGCUCACGUCACUUGGAGCCUGAGAUACACGAGCUUUGCUGGUCCUGUGAACCAAGUUCGCCAUGGAAAAGCGGUCUUCUUCAGAAUUUUUAGGAACCAUCGCAAGCCCGGAUAGUCCGAUGACGCAAUCAAAUGUACAAGAUUCUCGACGCAUUGAUACACUUAUUGGUGUAAGGAGCAGCCGCGAGGACGACCGCGUCGCGUUCGGAAGUGAGGUUGACAGCCGUGCAUCAGGAAACUCUACUGACACAGGAACGAGUGGUUCCGAGCUCCGUGACGUUGCCUUGCGCUCAGUCGAGGAAAGCGUGACGUGUCGGAGCGAAGCCCGUGCAAUGGAAUCGGAGGACCGUUUCUUCAGGGCAGAGGAAACGACACGUGAGCGCCGAGCGGCAGAAUACCGCGGAGCGGAACACGCGCACCGAAGUUCCUACGGGCCGGAGCGUCAGAGGACUACUGCUUACAGCAGGAAGUACAAAGCGAGAGUCUCAAGUGAGAGGCGCCAAAAGCGCAGCGAAAGUCCUCGAAGGCGUCGGCCCGUCGACGAGCACUGGUCCCGUGAAGACUACGAGCGUCGCCGGCGUAACCUGAGGGCGGCUUCGCUGCGCCACUUGGUGCGAAGGCGGUACUCAUCCUUGUCUUUCGGCGUCACCAGCGGUCAGUCGCGGUCAAGCGCCUUGUACAGGAGAGCGCAGUGGCAGCCAUCACGUCGAAUGCCGGAGUCCAAGAGGUCGACGCUGGACGAUCGCCGCGACGUGCGUCCGCGCCAUCUACCUUCCGUCGAGACCGUACGUCGCGAAAGCGAUGGGAUGCGCGGCAGCGCACCCUCCAGUGAACCGCACGCACCGGGAACGGCUACGUUGGCUGAUCCUCCGGCCAUUGUUGCAGUAAGCUCGACCUCGCAGUCUGAACGUAUCAUACCGGAACUACCGCUGGUAGGAUACCACCUCGAGGACCCUCGCAAGGAAGAUUACGCGCCCGGAUUUCGCCGUGAGCCGCGUCCGCAAGAAUACAAACCGGUAAACCCAGCGUCGGUCUCUGAGGAACAUUACAAGAUGCAGCAACCCCACGGUAGUGCUGCCGCAUCCGUGGGACACCGAGGUCAGGUUUCCAGAGAUAUUGAACACCCACCCAUGGUUCGAGCACACAGAGGCCGCCAGAGCUACAUGUUGCCUACAGAAAGCCACGAAAGGCAUUUCGUGCACCGUCCUGACUUGCGUCCUUGGCAUUACCAAUAUCAGGAGCAUCCUAACUUUUGUCCAAGAUGCCCAACAUAUCUGGGCUCCUUUGUGAGCUUUUGUAUGGGGGGUCCAAGACCAGAGGAAUCUCUUCUGAAUUAUUGUCCAAGAUCACUUGAGAACACAGGGUCUUCGGAAGGAGUUCUACAGACUGGUGGCCUACAUUUAGGAAAUCCUUACGGCAGAGGCUCCCAGCCGGUCCUAGGAUUUCAGCCACUGACAUGGAGGGACGCUUCGAGGAUGCGUCAACCGCCACGGGAGCAAGAGACGUGGUUGGACUAUCCACAUGAACUGGCGGAUAUUAUAUUCGAAGGAAUGAUUGAUACAUUAAGAGCACAGAGCGACGAAGUGGACGCAUUACGUGCCGACAUGAGAGACGUCAGAAGCAGAAUGGCGAAUUUUGUUGCUUCCGAAAAGAAGGCUCAGGAUCAAUCACGGGCUUUUAUCGCUGCGGUGAAAGCACAAAUGGACAAACCUAAUUAGUGCUGUCAGGUUGAUCUCCUCUUUUGAGAGUAUCAGCCGUCGAAUGGAUUUCGACAUGCAAAUGAUAUUUUGCUUGUUAAGCCAUGUAAUAUAAUUUAUUUUUUCGUUUCCCACUGGCACACACAGACAAAAAAAAAUGUUUCACGUAAUGAAAUGCUAACGGAGCAAUAAAGAACGGAGUCUGCAA